UGAAUAUGGUUUUUGGGAAUUAAGUAACGUAAUUCUUUUUCAGUAUAUGUUUGACGGGUAUAAAAAAAAAAGAAAAAAAAAGGUAGGUAAAUGAUAAGAGGGAGGAAUUAUAUUUUUACCUGUUGAUUAUUUUCAUAUAUGUUUUUGUUGCUUUCAAGUGUAUUACACUUGUCUAACUGUGUUUCCAUGAGUAGGUUGGAAUUCUAUUUUCAAGAACAAAUUCUAUGAUUCAAUCACAAGCAAAACCACAUCCCAAAACCAUGGCUAAACAAGAGUUGGAGAAAGAGGAGGAGGAGGAGAAGAAGAAGAAUGGCACAAAAGAGAGGCCUAACAAGAAGGAAGUCAUCAUCACCGUCUAUGUUGAAUCACCAUCACCAUCAUCAGCUUCCCAUUCCCAUCAGAAAACUGAUCAGUUUAAGAAGAUUAAGCCCAACCAGAACUCCCGGAAGCCUCAUCAGAUGGCAAAAACAGGCGGCUAUGAUCGCCGGGCUCACCUCCUUGCUUAUGCUCAAGAGCUAAGAACAACUGGUGGUUCCCAGCAGGUGCAAUGGCCUAAGAGUGGUUCAAAGCCUAAGCUGAGGCAGGUGGGUGGCAAAAGGUUCACAACUCCAGUGAGACUCAGAAGAACAAAAAACAAAUGGAGAUAUCAGCGCUUAGUCCCAGAAGUAGACAUAUCGUGCAAUCCCAAAUCCAUCAUUUGCGGGAACAAAAAGGCCACUGGAUCAGAACCCAAUUCUAACUUUUUGAGGAAAUUAAGGGGUGUAGUGAAAGGAUUGUCAUGGCACUGCAACAAAGGGUCCAAAGUGGCUGAGAAAAAUCAUGCUGUUUGAUCUGGGUUGUUCAAUUACUUUAUGAUCUGGGAUGUUCAUGUACUUAAUUCAGAUGAAAAUAUUAUUUACUUGCUUGAA